AUGGGUGAAAUUCAAAAAUCAAGAAUUGUAGACUUGUUUAAUUUAAAGAAAAAAGAUCAAGAUUAUAUUGAUAAGAAAGAUUUAAUAACAAUACUAAAAUCUUUAGGGUUUAAAAUAUGUUAUGAAAUAUUUCAAGACGAUAAAAAGAGCUACAGUUUUGAUGAACUGAAUGACUAUAUUCUUAAAUUUCAAAGCAACUAUUAUGGAAAGAAAAAAAUUGAAAAUUGUAUUAAGUUUUUGAACCCAUCCCAUGAAAUGAUAAAUAAAAAUGCGUUAAAAUCUCUCUUAUGCGAAAAUGGGAAUAAGUUCACAGAAAACGAAUUUAAAAAGUUCCUAGUUGAUGUACCUGUGGAUAUAGACGGAAACAUUAAACAUUCUGACUUAGUUGAAAAGUACAAAGACUUUUAA